AUGCCUCCAGUGCAACAUCCAUAUCAUGGGCUCUUUGGCCCGGGCAAAGGUAUUCGAGCCUUUACUGGCCAUCUCCGCAAUGGGCACCCUCAUCCAAUCUUGAUCAAUGCACAAGAUGGCCGUCCUUACCCUUUGAGAGGACGCACUACCCGGUGCUCCUCGCCCACGACGCCUCCAGCCGAACGGCGUGCCUACGCAGCACGAGAGCAAGCUCGCAAGGCCAAAACCCAUUCUUCAACCAGCGAUACUUCGGAGAGAUCCAUUUCGGUCCCGCCACAAACACGUCACACUCAUGCUCAUCGAGUGCAUUCAAAGCGGGAGUCCGAGCCCGAGCUUGAGCAUCUGCCACAUACGCACAAGCAUUCAACUAGACACCAUCGGAAGGCAUCGAAGCCUGUCGAACUACCACGGCGGCCUGGCAGUGAUACCGAAUCCCACUGGAGCACCAACGUGCACGUCCCAUGGACUCCUCACCAUCCGUACCACCAUCACCGUCACCAUCAUCAUGCCGCCCAGCCUGAUCAUGUCGUGUUCAAGGCACCCUUGAAUUGCCAGUGCCCUGAUUGUCUUCAGGCAGCUCAUGCUGGUCAUCACCUGCCCGUCGAUACCACCGGAGAGCAUCCCAUGCCACCCAAGUACGUCUAUGAGCACCAUCCGCACUCCUUGGGUGCUCAUCCUGUUCCCGUUGAUCCCCGGGUCCCUUGCAGUUGUGGAUUCGUACAUGUUGAACCUGCUCGGGAGCAGUCAUCUCGGUCUACAAGCCCUGAAAAGCAUCGAAAGGGGCACCACAGACAUUCAACUGAACCGGAGGAGGUCCGCUCUCAUCGCCACCGGCGUCGCAGACACCGUCGACACCGCCACUACACGACCGAUUCUUCCUCUGACACGACAAAUGAUGAAGUCUAUGAUACGAGUUCGGAGAGCGAUGUGGAGACUCGGACCGGAGGUGAAAAGGUUGAGUAUGAGUUGCCGAAUGAUUGGCAGUUUUGCAAUGAGUGCUGCUGCGGACAUCCCGUCGUUUAUAUUCUGCGGUGA